CUCCAGCUCAGCUGAUCAGCGCAGUGUCGAUGUAAGGAAGUAAUUGAGUUGAACUGACUCCCUGCGCUUCAUGAAUUGAUGCAGCAAACCGCCCAACAGUGUUACCAAGUCAGAUAUAGAAAACACAGCUUGUAAAGAUGCUUUGGUUUGAGGGUUCAAUUCCUGACGCCAUCAAUUCGGCUAAACAGCGGAGCUGCGUCUUUGUCGUUGUCAUUACAGGGCAAGAUGAACAGUCAGCACAGCUGAUGUCCAGCUGGGAGGAUGACAAAGUCUCAGAAGCAGCACAGAACAGUUGUGUGGCCAUCAAAGUUGAUGCCAAGAGUGAGACAUGUGUCCAGUUCUCCCAGAUCUAUCCAGUGGUGUGCAUACCAUCUAGUUUCUUUAUUGGAGAGAAUGGGAUUCCUCUGGAGGUCAUUGCUGGCACUGUGCCCGCUGAAGAACUGAAGAAAAGAAUCAGCAGAGUUAAGCAGAUGCAUGCUCAGCAGAUUGGAGGUGAGACAGUGUUUCCAGAGUCAAGUGCUCCUGUGGAGACCAGCCCAUAUGACAACAUAGCCUCAGCUCCAGCCUCAGCCUCAGCCUCAGCCCCAGCUUCAGCCCCACCCGCUGCCUCAGCUCCAGCAUUGUCUGUUCAGCCAGGAGUAGCAACAGAACCUGUACCAGUACCAGGAGCAGGGAUAGCAUCCCUCUCGAGCACAGUGGAUUAUAGCAGUCUUUCAGCCACAGGGACUCUUGCAGAGAAUGCAUUUUCAGAAAAUGCUACUGAAUGUUCUCAGAGUGAAGAAAACCUGGAUGCUAAGGUGGAAAGGUUAACCAAGAAACUAGAGGAGAGACGAGAGCAAAGGAAGACUGGAGAGGAAGAGAAUGUGAUCAAGAAGGAAAUUGAGCGGCGGAAGGUGGGGAAGGACAUGCAAGACUUUAAGAGGAAACAGGAAGAGGAGAAGACCAAGAGACUGCUUGAGGAAAGGAACCGAGAGAGGGCUGAGGAGAAGGCUGCCAGGGCGCGGGUCAAACAGCAGAUUGCCUUGGACCGAGCUGACAGAGCAGCCCGCUAUGCCAAAACCCAGGAGGAAGAGAAGGCUGCCAAGCAGGCCCUACUGCACGCCAGACAGGCAGAGCAGGAGGUCAGGAAGGAGGCAUUACUCAGGGAGAGGAGUACCAUAGCAAGGAUACAGUUCCGCCUCCCAGACGGCUCAUCCUUCACCAACCAGUUCACCUCACAGAGCAGACUGCAGGAGGCUCGGAAUUUUGCUGCUCAGGAAGUGGGAAACCGCUACGGUAACUUCUCCCUGGCCACUAUGUUCCCUCGGCGGGAGUUUACCAGUGAAGACCUGGACAAGACUCUGCUGGAGCUGGAACUGGCUCCAAGUGCUUCCAUCGUGGUUCUGCCGUCAGGCAGACCAGCUAAUGCCGUGGUCCAGUCCUCUGGUGGCAGUAUCUGGGCAGUUUUGGGUACACUACUCUACCCUUUGCUGGCUGUGUGGAGAUUCCUCAGCUCGUUCUUGUUUGCAACUCCACCCCCUCCUGGAGCAGCAUCUAGAGGCCCCGCCCACCAGUCCAACUCUUACACCAACUCAGCGUCAGCCUCCGACAAAGCAAAGAGAGAAAUUGCUCUUGAGAAGCGCCCCAAGGACUUCAAGAAAGAUGGUAAAAUCUGCAGGCUCAGGACUCAGGAGGACAGCGAAGACGACAACAACACCUGGAACGGGAACUCCACCCAGCAGAUGUAGCUCAGUGAUAGCAGCACUCCCUUCUUCUUGCUCUCCUGGUGUGAUUAGUUCAGACUGACCAGUUCAAGGUUUCUGCUGCACUUUGGGAUGAUCCUUCUGUUUUCUUUUUCUCUUACUGUGUUCAAGGCCUACAGUAUGCCCCUGCACCUCGCUUACAUGGGUAGAUUCAAUUCUAAUCAACCUUCGGGCUUAAGCUGAGUGUUUUUGUGUUGAUGACUGAUGAUGAUUUUGUCUCAAUUCUGGGCUCACAUUACAGCAGGUUUAAGAUCCUAACAGAUUGCAAAAGUUUACACCAGCAUCCUCUCUUUUGUUUGUAGCUCAUUGUUGAACAUUCUCAAAUCCAUCAGACAGGUUUAAAAUGACCUGAGUGCCUCUGAUUAUGUGUGGCACCAAAGUAUUCAAAAAGAGCAAAUAGAGAGUCAACAGCCUGAAGAUGUAAUCUGAGCUCAGCUUUACAUUAUGUUGUGGAGUCACUGCAUUUUGGAAAGGUUUAACUUUGAAAAGUGAAUGAGAGCUAAUGACUCGUCUGGAUUGUUACCCAACAGUGGAAUUAAGAUGUUUUUGUUUUAGAUGUAUAAAAUAUUUCAUCAAACAGCUUUCAGCCACUGGCAAGAGGACAUACGUCUGUAGCUGUUGGACUUCUCCCAAGGUGUUCCCACACACACACCUUGGUAGUAUGUAUUUCUACUAGUUGACAGUGGGUGACUACUGUAGUGCUCCUCAUCCAAAAAUGAAAAUUAAAGCAGUCUGUUUUUCAAAAAUA